GAGGGGCUCCCUGUAAAAUCUCUCAUCCGUACCGUAUCCCGCAGCUACCACGCGAGGGGAUCAAACAAGUCCACCGUCCCCGAUCUCUCUGCCGGCGAAGCUCCCAACUACGCGCGGAGAUUCCAAGUCUCGUCUCGGACUAGGCACCAUGUCGAUGUUUCCGGGAAUGGAUCUUACUAAAAUGGAUCCUCCAACUCUUACACUCCUUGGAGCAGCCUGUUGUGUAAUGUUGUCUAUGCAUUUUACAGUACAAUUGGUGUCACAGCAUCUUUUCUACUGGAAAAAUUCCAAGGAGCAGAAGGCUAUACUCAUUAUAGUGCUAAUGCCUCCGUUGUAUGCUAUAACUUCCUUUGUUGGUCUUCUUGAUAUUAAGGGAAGCAAAACUUUUUUUACAUGCUUGGAGUCUGUUAAAGAAUGCUAUGAGGCACUGGUGAUUGCUAAGUUUCUGGCAUUGAUGUACAGCUACUUAAAUAUAUCUAUAAGUAAAAACAUUGUACCUGAUGAAAUCAAAGGGAGGGUGCUUCAUCACUCUUUCCCCAUGUCACUUUUCCUGCCCCGCAACGUUCGGUUGGAGCACAAGACACUAAAGCUUCUGAAGUACUGGACCUGGCAGUUUGUUGUUGUUAGGCCUGUUUGCUCCAUUCUGAUAAUUGCACUUCAGCUUCUUGGGCUGUACCCCAGCUGGGUCAGCUGGACGUUCACAAUUAUACUGAACUUUUCAGUCUCCAUGGCAUUAUACGCCUUGGUCAUAUUCUACCACUUGUUUGCCAAGGAGCUGGCACCUCACAAGCCUCUUUCUAAGUUCUUGUGCAUCAAAGGGAUUGUCUUCUUCUCCUUCUGGCAGGGCUGUGCGCUGGAAGUUUUGACCGCUGUAGGGGUUAUUCAGUCUCACCAUUUCUGGCUGGACGUGGAGCACAUCCAGGAGGCGAUCCAGAAUGUGCUGAUUAUCUUUGAAAUGGUCAUCUUCUCAGUCCUCCAGCAAUACGCGUACCACGUCGCUCCGUACAGCGGCGCUGACAGGGCGAAAUUCGAGAAGAAGAACGAGUGAUCUGCUUCUUUUUUUUUUUUGCAUUGAGCAACAUCUGCAGCUGAUUAUUGUAUGUCUUAGUGUGUACUAUGUGCCAUUGUGCUGGGAACAUGGUUUCAAUAUGUUGUAGAAGAGAACACAGUAAUUUCCUCCCGGACAUGUGUAGAGUGUCGUUGUGCUGGGAACAUUAGGGGUAAAGGGAGAUUGUGAAGAACAUAUGCAAACGGUUUAUAGAAUGCUGCAGGUUUAUAGAAUGCCUGAAUAAAGAAUAUUUGGAGGGCUUCCAUCUCCAGAUCGUCGAAAACUGGAUAAA